CAAAAGAACACGGACAGCUCAACUAAAGGCUACACUAAAAUAAAUUCUCAUCCUCAUUACAUUUCAAGGAUUUAUCGGAAAAAUAUUCGCAACUGAAAACCACGCGCUUUCCCUUGCCUUCAUCAGUCUUCACACCUGGCUCUGCAAUUCACUAUCGAGAUUACAAAACGCCUUCGCUUGAUAGCAUUACUGUUUCUCAAGCAUCAUCAUCUUGAACUGUAAAAGAUAAAUUUUUGGGCAGCACAUCAUGAGUUGUUUCGGUUGUUGUGAGGAGGAUGACAUGCACAAAGCUGCUGGUAAUGGGCCGUACACUACAACUAACGCUGCAGGUAAUCAUGCAGGCUAUCACGCAAAAGAAACAGAACAUAAGGAGAAACAGACUAUCAGCAUGCAACCGAUUGCUGUGCCUGCCAUUCCAGUAGACGAGCUGAAGGACAUUACUGAUAAUUUCGGUUCAAAUUCGUUAAUUGGCGAAGGGUCCUAUGGAAGGGUUUACCAUGGAGUCUUGAAAAGUGGGCUUGCAGCUGCAGUUAAAAAGCUCGACUCCAGCAAGCAGCCAGACCAAGAAUUUCUAGCACAGGUUUCGAUGGUAUCAAGACUAAAGCAUGAGAAUGUGGUUGGGCUGCUUGGUUACUGUGUCGAUGGUGGGCUUCGUGUCCUCGCAUACGAGUAUGCUCCUAAUGGGUCUCUACAUGACAUCCUUCAUGGUGCACAACCGGGUCCCAUUUUGUCAUGGUCUCAAAGAGUUAAAAUUGCUGUUGGGGCUGCUAGAGGACUCGAAUACUUGCAUGAGAAGGCACAGCCACAUAUCAUUCACCGUGACAUCAAAUCGAGCAAUGUUUUACUCUUUGAUGAUGAUGUGGCUAAGAUUGCCGAUUUUGAUUUGUCCAAUCAAGCUCCUGACAUGGCAGCUCGUCUUCAUUCCACUCGUGUUCUUGGGACUUUUGGUUAUCAUGCCCCUGAAUAUGCAAUGACCGGCCAGCUAAGCUCAAAGAGUGAUGUGUAUAGCUUUGGAGUCGUACUUCUUGAACUGUUGACCGGCCGUAAGCCAGUUGACCAUACACUUCCUAGGGGACAACAGAGUCUUGUGACAUGGGCCACCCCAAAGCUUAGCGAAGACAAGGUAAAGCAGUGUGUUGAUGCUAGGCUCGAUGGAGAAUACCCUCCCAAGGCAGUUGCUAAGAUGGCUGCAGUUGCUGCUUUGUGUGUGCAAUACGAAGCCGAAUUUCGGCCAAACAUGAGCAUUGUAGUAAAAGCUCUACAGCCUCUGUUGAAUACUCGAUCAGGACCUCCUACCGAAACACACAACUUGUGAUUUCUCUUUACUAUAUCGUUAAACCUGAAAUUUGUUUCGGCGAAAUUCGUGUGGUUUUUAGAGUUUGUAUUUUUGGUGGUUUUGUGGUUAUUUAUUCCCACCAAUGUGGUGUUGGAGAUAUUUAUGAACAACUGUUGGAACUUAUGAUGCAAAGUAGUAGAACACUAUUGAGUGUAAAGAUUCUGCUGCUAUUGAGCAUUCUUUUGUGAAAAAAGAUGAGCCUUGUUGGAUCUAUGUAGAAAUUAUUUUUGAAUUGCCUGUGUGAAGUGUUUUUUUCUUACCAAAUAGAAUUUCAUUUUUCAGCAUUA